AUGGUAUCUUUAAUUGAUCUACCAGAAGAAUUGCUCUCUGCUACGUUUGGGUACCUCGUAUCAGAGAAUGAUAUGAACGCUAUUGCCCGGACCAAUCGCCACCUUUUUGGAUUGUUCAAUCCCCGCCUCUAUCGCCACAACGUCGAGUGUUCUAAUGGCUCAGCCUUGACCUGGGCUGCCAGGUAUGGUCACCAGAAUACAGCACGGGCGAUCUUGAGCGCAGGUGCGUGUACCGACACCAUCCAAAGUCGAAUACAGGGAGCAUUGAUCUGGGCAGCAGAAGGAGGCCACGGCCCCAUCGUUGAGUUGUUGUUGGAUUAUGGUGCUGAUUUGAAGGAUGGUGACGCUCUGCAGGCGGCUUCACAUGGGGGCCAUGAGUCGCUGGUGAAGCUGCUCAUUGACAAUGGUGCUGAUGUCAACUCCCAUGGCGGAGCAUAUCGCAGCGCCCUCCAAGCUGCUUCCUGCAAGGGUUACGAGCCAUUGAUGAAGCUCCUCAUCGAUAAUGGCGCCGAUGUCAAUGCUCAAGGCGGAGCAUAUGGUAGCGCCCUCCUGGCGGCUUCCCAGGAAGGUCAUGAGCAGUCAGUGAAGCUGCUCAUCGAUAGUGGCGCCGAUGUCAAUGCCCAAGGCGGAGUAUAUGGGAACGCCCUCCAGGUGGCUUCCUGGAACGGCUACGAGCAGCUGGUGAAACUGCUAAUCAGCCAUGGCGCCGACGUCAAUACUCAAGGCGGAGCAUUGGGCAGCGCUCUUCAGGCAGCUUGCCACGGGGGCCACGAGGAGCUGGCUGAGCUUCUCAUCAACGAUGGCGCUGACGUAAACGCCAAAGGCGGAGACUGUGGCAACGCCCUUCAAGUGGCUUUACUCAAAGGCCAUCAGGAGCUAGUGAAGCUGCUGAUUAGCCAUGGCGCUGAUGUUAACGCACAAGGCGUGCAGGACAAAGAGUAA